CUGACCAUGGCGGUUGUGAUGCAGACGGGGAAGGAAGAGAAAAUUAAGGAACCGUAGUCACGUGCCUCGACGCCACUAUCUUUCCGUUUGGCACAUGCAACCUCUUGAUUGAUCAACUCAUUCCGAAAAGAUUGGACUGUUUUCGAAGAUGGUCGUGGCGACACUGUAUUAAUUCUGUCCCUGCACGGCUUGGUGAUAUCCGAGCAAGACACGUUGCGGUUCGUGAACGUGACCACUGUCCAGCGAGCUACGAACAAGCCUGCUGUCCCAAAGGGAAACAGGGAAGCCAGGUGAGGGACGGAAGGAUAUCGGUCGUGGCGCAAGCUACCGUCUGUGGAUAACUUUUUGUGGCGCGGCGCCACGGACGGCGCUUCACAUAAUUCCAAAACAAAACAACCGCAAACCGCGUAUAUGAUCAACCCACGAUGCUCUCCCAGGCCUUUGUGGCUCAUCACCCGUCCAUGUCUAUUCCCCCUUCAGCAACCGUCGACGAUGCCCUCGUCGUCGUCAGCAGCCCGGCCGUCGCUGAAGUAGGCACUUGGAGCCCAUGGCCUACACAUCCUGUGGAUCCAAGGAUCGUACCCAAGGACCCUUCGUCCCCAACUACCCCUGCCAUGGGUCUCGUCUGGUACAAUACAGACAAGGAAUCCAUACCGAAACUCAUGCCUACCAAGAUGUAUGUCACCGAACCCAUGGGUAUCAGGGGGAAGGAGGAAAUACUUGCAGACAUACCUCCCUUUCGCUACUACCCUCCUUCUCCACCUCCAUCUGAGCCUCGCGCAAGUUCUGAGAGGUCUAAUCCCCUUCGGACAGAGAACUCGUCUGAAUUAUCGUCUUUCUCUUCCAUGCACAUUGAGUCUGGUGAUGUGGACACUGAAUCCGACUACUCUGACGACGGAGACUCCCCUCAGAGUCCCGGUUGGAAGUUCAGGCAACAAGGACGUCCCAGUUCUGUCAACUGGGAAGCAGAACAACGCUCUGCCGACCCCGAAGAGGAGGAUACUAGCAGUGAUGACCAUGAUAACCCAAAGACUCCUUCAGACGCUCCCCGAUAUCAAACCAUGUUUUACGAUAGUCAGGAAUCAUCUGAUCCUGCAGACACUUCGCAAAACGUCACAAAUGAACCAGAUUCCAACUGUUCUCCUUCUGUCCGUGCACCACGUAUCAUCACUCCAGCCGGCUCAUCGAAUCCGCGCGAUAAUAAACCGCAGGUUGCGAUACAGGUACCUAAAACAACAGCUAGGCUUUCACCAAAGUCUGGGCUUUCACCGACAUCGAGUCGAUCAAGUUCAUCCCGUCGUGCCGCUACCCGUGCGCGUAUCGCCACAAAGAAAGUCCAGCAGCUGGAAUCGGAGGAUGACAUCGAUGACGACAGUGAAUAUGAACAGGAACAAGCCGAACCGCAUCCUGUCGUCCAAACCAUAGAUGAACUUCCGUCCGAGGAUGAGCAUCAGGUCGACGACGAAUACGAUGAAUUGGAUGACGAUACCGCGCCCAAGAAGCGGAAGAUCAAGCCUUCCAACAAAACCUCAAAGAAGCGAAAGAUUACUGAACGGUUCAGGUGUACCAUACCGGGAUGCACCAAGACUUUUACGAGGAAGAAUGACGUUACUCGUCAUAUCCGUGCAUCAGGUGCACACCCCGACUACCAGGAGCAGUCGGACAACGUGAAGUGUACAAUAUGCGGCAUUGAUCUUUCCCGGUCUGAUGCGCGCAUACGCCACGAACGUACAUAUGCUUGUGGAAAACGCAAUGUCCAACAGUCGCGGGAUAAGGCUAACGCUAAUAAGAAUCGCGCUACCACCGCCUGACAUCGUUUUAAGCCGAUCAAGUUUUACCCGUCUAAAUGCUGUCCUCGCAUUGCUUUGUUUUUAUACAUGUAUCUUCUACAUUGCCAUUUUCUCUGUCUUUCUGUAUCAUUGUAUAUCUUACAUUUAUCUGGGUUCUUUGAUUUGUUCGUUUUUCACAUUUACAUUUCUUUCUUAGCUUAAAUGGGAUGGCUUGUUCCUUGGUUAGCACUCCCAAUAUAACAUUACUACGGCAUGCGGUACUAACCA